UUACGACAGCAUCUUAUUCCAAACGUGUUUACUAUUUUCUUUAAUCGUAUAUUUUUGAAAAGUAUUUCGAGUUUAAUUUGGGUUCAUAGUCUAACGAGACCAAAUGUUCAUAGAGCAUAUACUGACAAUUUCCUUACGGCUUUUUUUAUUCGGUGAAAAGGGUCAAGAAGGCAGAAGUGUAAAGAGACAAACCAUACUGACAAUCGGUUUCACUACACCGUAGGUUUAGUCAAGGAGAGAACAACAACUUGAUGGGUUUAAUAGGAACAACAUCCAGUGUUUCUGAGCCACUGUCAUCGAAUGACGUUUUGAUGUUAGGAGCUAAUGUAAUCAGCCAUCUGAUUGCCAAACAGUGACAUUGCAAACGUGGAGCAGUGAAUAUCGAAAGAAAGGAAGCGUCAUUACUGAUUACAGUUUAUGUGGCUGACUUUUCUCGUGUCAGUUUGUAAUGUGCGCGUGUCGCUUUGAAGCAACGUCCCCCAACUCUCCGGUUUCACCUGGGGAAUUCGAAGAAUACUGCAAUGCAUACCUCAAUAAUAUGGAGAGAAACGAACAGCAAUCACAGGAGCAGCAGGGCCAAGUUAAAAAUGAUGCGGACGACGUUUAUGUGCAAUUGCAGCAAAAAGAACAGGACCUGUUACUGGCAGCUCAGCUUGGCAAAGCCUUAUUGGAGAGAAAUGAAGAGCUUCAAAAGAAAAAUGAACAGCUGGCAGAAGAAUAUGCCCAAAAAUUGGAGGAAAUGCAGCAGCAAAGACACGAGCUUAAAUUCUUGAUGGAAAUAAAAGAAGGACAGUAUGAAAAUGCCAUCAAAGAUCUUCACCAAGAUGUGGAAUAUCUGCGACGAGAGCUGGAGCAAAGACAACAACAGAGCCAAAGUGGAGACAGGGAGAGGGCACAGGUUGUUGAUGAACUAAAACAGCAGAAUGAAAGACUUACAGAUCAGCUGAGACAGGCUGCUAAAACUGAAGAGCAGUUACAGAAUCAGGUGCAAAGUUUUCGUGACCAGUUGAACUCGAAGCGUGUGUCUAUGCACGAACAUGUGCAGCAGUUAGAAAUGCUGAAGGAAGAGAUUGCAAUUCUCACUGAGCGCAAAAAUGAACUUGACAGAAGAAUAGCUGCUGUGACCAAAGAAAGAGAUGAGCUGCUUAGAACAUUAGAGGAAUCACAAGACCGUAUCAUGAUGCUGGAGAAACAAAAUAGAGAGCAAGAACAUCAGCUGCAUUUACAAGAGCAAGGACUGGGUGAACUCAGGGAACAGAACUCGCAGCUCCAGGAGCAGCUUGAAGGGCUAUCUCUCCAUGUAGCCUCUCACAGAUAUGACAACCAAGAAUCUCUGUUUAAUGAACUGGGGCAGUCAGAAAAUUCCCUAGACAUGGAACUGGCAGCUGCUGGAGUGGAUGUGCCACAUCCACGACCAAGCAAUUUAUUAUUUAGUACACAAAUGAUGUCAGAAUGUGAUGAGGAUGAUGAUGAUGUUGAGUGUGAUGAUGAUGCAAUGAUGCUUUCACCUGUCAGAGAUAAUGAUCCCAGAAACCUACAGUCCUCCCUGUCCUUCCCUGAUAGCUUGAAUGGCACCACAGCAGGCUUUACGGAUUCUGAACAUAUAGAACAGAACCGACAGCUGAAAGAAGAACUGCUGCUUGUCUAUCAAGAGCUUCGAGCUAUGGCCAGAGAAAUAACCCGUAGCAGAUCAGAGACUCUUUCUCCUGAUGAUAUUACUUCACAGGAUAUGCGAAAAGAUCAUUUGCAGAUGGUUACACAAGAAAUAAGGUCUUUGAUUCAAGCAUUGUCAGGUAAAAAAGAGUGUCCUUGUUUGAACUCUCCUGACUCAGUUGAAGAAAAUGAUAGACAAGAGUUGGAAGAAAAAAUAUCCAUGAUGCGCCAAGAGCUGACAAGAACACAGAGAGAACUGCAAAAGUUAAACCAGCAAAUGAUCAGCAAAGAUGAGGAACUCCACCAGAAGACAGCAGAGCUGACAUCUCUCACAAGCAAGAUCAGCAUUCAGGAGCUGGAGUUGCAGCAGUUGGAGAUGUCCAAGAUUCAAGCUGAGCGUGAUCGCCUGCAAGACCAAGCUCUUACAACAGUCACCAGAGAUGAAGUAAUUGAAGGUGCCAGGCAGGACAGAAAUGAAGCAAUAUCAAAACGAAACAGUAUGGAAGUAGAGCUAGCCAAAGCCAAGCUGGACUACAUGACUCUUCACAAACAGCUGAUGGAAGCCAUACAACAGAAGAUUGAACUUUCACAACAGCUGGAGCAGUGGCAGCUGGACAUGCAUGACUUAAUUGGUACCCAGAUGAAGAGACAGAUAAAAGAUGAGACAGAAAAAGAUGAACUCAAAGCUGAAGCUUCUUCUCCCAAGAGAACAUUCCAUAUCUUUCCUUAAUAUCAGUUUUCAUCUAUAUUGUGUACUUAUGUAGAUGCUUUAUCAGUGCAAUCUGG